AUGUAUCCCACAGCUGCCCGACUGCGGAGUGUCGCCGCUCCAGCAGUGUCGGCUCUUUUGAGAGAGCGCAUCAAGCGCCCGUCCAUGCUGAACAAGCUGUGCAAACCCGAAGACCUCUUGGAGCAUUUUCCCAACGGUGCCUACAUCGGCUGGUCCGGAUUCACCGGUGUUGGAUACCCAAAGAAAGUGCCAACAUUUCUGGCAGACCAUGUCGAGAAGAACAACCUGCAGGGCCAACUGAGGUACUCGCUCUUUGUGGGAGCCUCUUCGGGAGGCGAGACGGAAAACCGCUGGGCCGGUCUAGACAUGAUCAACCGUCGUAGCCCGCAUCAAGUUGGCAAGUCGAUUGCCAAGGGUAUCAAUGAUGGAAAGAUCAACUUUUUCGACAAGCAUCUUUCCAUGUUCCCAGUCGACCUGGUUUAUGGCUGGUAUACCAAGGACCGCCCCAACAAGAACCUGGAUGUUGUGGUUGUAGAGGCGACAGACAUCAAGGAGGAUGGAAGCAUUGUGCUUGGCGCCAGUGUUGGUGCUACACCCGAGCUCAUCCAGAUGGCCGACAAGAUCAUCAUUGAGGUCAACACUUCGCUGCCGAGUUUUGAUGGACUCCACGACAUCACCCUGACAGACUUGCCCCCUCACCGCAAGCCAUACCUGAUCACCAGAGUCGAGGACAGAAUCGGCAGUACAUCCAUGCCCAUUGACCCCGAAAAGGUUGUCGGUAUCGUCGAGUCCGAUUACCAGGACAAGACUCUGCCCAACUCGCCGGCAGACGCCACUUCGGCAGCCAUUGCCACCCACCUGAUCGAGUUCUUUGAGCACGAGGUCAAGCACGGCCGCAUGCCCAAGUCGCUUCUCCCGAUCCAGUCGGGUAUCGGCAACAUUGCCAAUGCCGUCAUUGGCGGUCUUGCCGAGUCCAACUUCUGGAACCUCAAGGUCUGGACCGAGGUGAUCCAGGACACCUUCCUGGACCUUUUUGACUCGGGCCGCCUCGAGUUUGCCACGGCCACAUCGAUUCGCUUCUCGCCCGAGGGCUUCAAGCGCUUCUACGACAACUGGGAAGCCUACCACAACAAGCUCCUGCUCCGUUCGCAGCAGGUGUCCAACUCGCCCGAGAUCAUCCGCCGCCUGGGCGUCAUUGGCAUGAACACGCCAGUCGAAGUCGACAUUUACGCCCACGCCAACUCGACCUGCGUCAUGGGCAGCCGCAUGCUCAACGGCCUGGGCGGUUCGGCCGACUUCUUGCGCUCGGCAAAGUACUCCAUCAUGCACACGCCGUCGACGCGCCCGUCCAAGACGGACCCUACGGGUGUGAGCUGCAUCGUGCCCAUGUGCACGCACGUUGACCAGACGGAGCACGACCUCGACGUGGUUGUGACUGAGACUGGCCUGGCCGACGUCCGCGGCCUGUCGCCCAAGGAGCGCGCCCGCGUCAUUAUCGACAAGUGCGCCCACGCCGAUUACAAGCCCAUCCUCCAGGGCUACCUCGACAAGGCAGAGUUUGAGUGCUUGCGCAAGGGCUGGGGACACGAGCCCCACCUGCUGUUCAACAGCUUCGACCUCCACAAGGCUCUCCAGGAGGAGGGCAGCAUGAAGAAGGUCAAGAGCUGGUAA